GUACUGCAUAGGUACUUCAACAUUUUCUCAUCCUGUUCAAAGUUGAAGAGAAAUCCUCACUUCGCCUUUACUGCUGUCACUGUCAACUUGUCAAGUGCAAUUCUGAGCUGUUGCUGCUCGCGCCCGAAAAUAAGAAUGUCAGAAAGACGGUCUUUUGUGAUGGUGCAUUAUCCUCUGUACUGCUGGGUCUUGGGUUUGCUCAUCGUGCACCAGGUGGGAAUCACAGUCCGUGCUAAACCUGCGAUGAUGGAAGACUACGACUCGCCGGUCAUCUAUUCUGGUACCAAGGUGCGCAACAGAACCCAGGCACCUUGGAUGGCGUACCUGCAGAUGGAUGACAGAGGUAUCGGGUUCAAAUGCAGCGGAUCUCUCAUUUCCGAAAGGAUCAUCCUCACGGCUGCGCACUGCGUCACCUAUGAAUGUGCUAACAGUGGGGAAACAGUAACAGUCAAGAGUGUACGAUACUUUCUGGGAAUAUUGUCAACCGUGAUUGAUGGCCGGGAUGGCAGUGGGGUGAUAGAUGAAGAACAAUCGGAUAUGACCAAUGGACUCAAGGUACACCCAAAAUAUGUUGCACGCCCAACAAUGAACGACUUGGCGUUGGUUAAGAUGGUGAAGAAAGUGGAAUUCACGCCAAAUAUUUCAGCAAUAGAAUUAGCACCACCAGGUUCCAAUCCUGAGGGUCUGAAUAUCACUAUUAUUGGCUGGGGAUUAACCGAGAAUGACGUGACUUCUGCGGACCUGCUGUAUGCAGAAACAGAUGUGCGAUUGAAUGCAGACUGUGAGAGGCAUUUUAACUGUCCGAACCUGAUAGCCCUCUUCGACUCCAACUCACACUUCUGUGAUUCUGGACGUGGCAAUGGCAGUGUCUGUUCUGGCGACAGUGGAGGACCAGUAGUGACCCAGUUGGGCGCGGCCGCUGUGCAAGUGGGAGUGGUCUCCUUCGGGAAAGACGUUGGAUGCAGCGGGACGAGAGCCUCCGAUGGAAACCAAGAUGGCGAGAUACUUUUGAGACGACCAAUGACGAGCGCUGCUGGAGUCCUUGGUCCCGCCAUCGCUCCCGGCACCGGCAGCAGCAUCCGAUCCGCGUAUUUGGCUGCUGCUACUGCCCGUGUGAGGCAUUGUAACGUGUUUGCCCCCAGUGUGGAGAUUAAAGUGUCCGCCUACAGGGAUUGGAUCGACGCGGAAGCCGAAAAAUUGGUGCAGGCUGGGUAAUCAGCUAAACGAACCCACAUUAUUCAAGAGCAGCACAAUUUGACCUUUCACGCUGGUUAUAUAUAGACAAGGUCGAGUGCUGCAGUGGGCAUCAUCAUAGUGUUUGGGAGUGGAUAUACAUAAAAGUGAAGAACAGUUUAGAAAUCACUGUCUUCUUUGUGCUGAUCAGCAGCAAGAAAAAUAUAGAAGCUUUCCUAGCUCACAUGCAGGAAUGCAAAACAAA